AUGGAUUGGGUCGGACCAUUGCCCACCACCCGAAAAGGGAACAGGUCCAUCCUUCACCUAAUUGAUUACUUCUCCAGAUUCUCCAUCACUAAGGCUACGAAGACAAACACCCCCGAAGACACCAUCGAGAGCCUGAAGUCCGCCUGGGCAAUCUUUCCGGCUCCAGCAGCCAUUUAUGCAGACCCCGGCAAACACUAUAUCGCCAGGAAGGUGGUCACUUUCGUGGAAGGACAGGGUGUUCUGAUCUCCUUCUCACCCUCAGGGGCCUCACGACCUGUGGGGAUGGUGGAAAAGGAGAAUGAUGUCCUGCAGCGUGCUAUUAUGAGGUCAGCCUCUAUAGAACUGGACGAAAAGAUGCGUGAAUACGCCUCAGACCACACCGACUGGGACGUGCGCCUCCCUCAACACACCCGCAGCAUCAACUCCAGAUACAUUGACCACCUGGGCUACUCGCCAGCCGAGAUUAGCUUCGGAUGUAAGCCAGCCGACAUGGCACCUAUGGAGUUGAGACUGCCGACCCCUGCCAAGGCCGCUCUGAGACACUAG